AUGGGUCGCAGACCAAGGUACUGUUCACCUGCGGCGCCGCCGGAUGUGCCGUCUUCCUCUACAAUGGUGGCUACGAAGAAGGUUCCCGUCCUAAACACAGCCUACAACGCGGGUAUGCUUCACUCCAUCGCGGGUGACUGGAACCCGAACAUGAAAGUUGUGUUCAAGGGCGCGGGGAUAGAUGAGUUGUGCAAAAUCAAGCUCCUAGGCAAUAACAAUCGUAUCUUCUCCAUGUCUCUUCUGUCACGCAUAGAUCCAAAAAACAUGAAGAUGGACAUGGGGGAUGGUAACUUUGUAGAGAUAAAUGGUAGGGAGGUUUCCAAAUGCCUAGGACUAGAGCCCUGUGGUAGGAAGAUAGAUAUUCCCGGUGGUGCUUGCUUGGCAGACCGGGGAGCCUUGCUAGCAAGGUUGCAUGACAUUUUAGAUACACAAAUGCACAAGGCAUGCAAGAUCCCGAUUGUGGAAAUAAAGAAUAUAGUGCAAACUGCAAGCAAGGUAGCAAUAGUUGGCGCAGAGAAGGAGAAGAUGAUGGCGGCAUGUACAAUCAUAGCUGCCUCGACUUUUCUUGUUCCAAAAGGAGCCCAUCCGAAAAUUUCGUACGAGCUGCUGCCAGUUCUUGCUGACCCAAGUCACAUAUCAGACUAUGAUUUUUGUGAUUAUGUGGUCGAGGGGUUGAGAGAGGCUGCAACCAAGCUGAGGGAGGAUCUUCUCCAUGACCCUUCUCAGUUAAUCCUCCAGGGGUGUCUUGUUAUACCGCAGAUAAUUUUCUGUGACUACCACGAGCACGGGAUGCAAGGACGUGAGGGCUUGCCACUUCCUAGGCUGGCUCACUACUCGGACACGUUCAUGAGACUACAGACCAAGAAGCAUGCAGCGAGGAACGGUGUGGAUGCUGGCUUUGAGGUAUCAGAUGUGCCUAGAUCUCCGGCAUUCAAUGUUGCUUCCGGGAGUGCAGCUCCAGCCCAACCGUUGAACACACCAAGCCCUGGUGUGCAUGCUACGGCUGCUGGAUUUGGCAUGGCCCAGGACAAGGAGGUGGAUCCGCAGAUUCUAGCGGCUCUAAGGGAAGCAGUGGAGAACCAGUUCAGAAAACGCGAGGAGGCAUUUGUCAAGAUGGUCGACGAGGCGAAAGAUAAGGUACUGGAAGAAAUACGCACGAAGGCAGCUGCAAAACGGCAGAGAGAUCUAGAGGAAACUCUAGAUGAUUUCAUUGAAAGGGUUAAGAGGCAAGCUCCAGUUGCUGCGGCAUUUCCUAAUGUGAGCCAGUCCCCGCAUGUUCCAAGAAGGAUGACAGAUAUUGUCACCGAUCUCGCAGCAACGUCACGUGAGGCGGCGCGUUCUCUCAUGGCUGUUGUGGUCCGAAACGAGGAUGCAAAUAAGGAACAUGUGCCGGAAGCGGGCCAAGCUGCUCGUCAGGGCGCGGCCAUUCCAACCAUCGAGUCUGCACGUGGAAAAGAGCCAGUGACCCCGCUUGAGUAUGAUGAGCCUAUGGUGCCUGAUGACGAGCCGGACGAUAAGCCAAUGAUAGAAGAUGUAAAAGGCAAAGGUCCUGCCAUUCAAUUGCCUCCUCGUAGAUGCACGAGACAGACUACCAUGCAUGAGGCCCUUGGCUGUGGUGCAAGGGAUCAAGUGGUGCCUGAUAUGAUGCAUCGUGGAGAUACCACCAUGGGCGAAGCUGUUGCGCCGGACCUGCCGAAACAACGUAUUUCCACAGUCACACCGCUAGGGAACAAGAGGCUUGCCUUACCUGGAGGUGGCCAGCAGAGUAACCCACUGCCUCUAGCGGUUGUUCCAGCAAUGCCACCCCAGCCACCUGCUGCACAUAAUUAUGGCUUUUCGCCGUUUGAGCUGGAACUUCAUCACUUCUUCUACCCAGACCACGUCUGCAUGGAUUUAUAUGAGACGGUCGAAAUGCUUAGCGAGCCGUCCGAACUUAGCAGGACUUGGUUCGAACACUUCAAUCCUACUGUCCUACGCCUGGAUGGUCACAAGAUCAAGUACCAGUUCAGUUUGCUUGGUGAAAUGCUGUACACGGGACUCGAUGCAUGGGUGCGUGGGUGGAAUGAGAGAGAGAGUAGGAUGAUGGCAAGAGUACACAUGCCAAACUGGAGGGGUUUGGUUCCUCCUGAUGUUGUGCUACACAUGGAUAGCGUCGAUUCUGCCGAGACACGCGAGCUCUUGUUGGGGCUGCUUGCUGCACCAAGGCUAGGUUUUAGGCUCAGCCUGUGCCAUCUGGUACGUAGACACGUGCACACACCUGUUGCUAGCUGA